AUGGGGCAUGUAAACUUUGAAACACUGAACUCGAUGAUAAAGAAGGAACUUGUCCAAGGAGCACCUAAGAAGAGUCUUAAGAAAAAGAUUUGUAGUUUGUGCUUUCUUGGAAAGCAAAAAAGAUUGAGUUUUCCACAAGCAACUGUCUAUCGAGCAACAAAGAAGUUUGAGCUCAUUCAUGGAGAUCUCUGCGGUCCCAUAAACCCGAGUACAAGUGCAGGAAAUAGGCACAUCUUUGUGCUAAUCGAUGAUUACUCUCGCUACAUGUGGACGAUUUUGAUGAAAGAGAAAAGAGAAGCUUUUAAGAAGUUUAACAGCUUCAAAGCCAUGGUUGAGAAGGAAUUGGAAUCAAGGAUACAAACUUUCAGGACAUAUAGAGGAGGAGAAUUUGUAUCUCUUGAGUUCAUUUUUUUUCUGCCAAGACUCGGGAAUCAAAAGACAUCUCACCGCUCUGUAUACACCUCAACAAAACGGAGUUGUAGAGAGAAGAAACAUAACGUUAUUAGAGAUGGCGAGGAGUAUCUUGAAGCAUAUGCGCAUGUCUAA